AUGGUUUUCAUCGGCGGUUGGAUUAGCAACGGCAUGACAAAAAAUAUAAAAAUUCGUUAUUCCGUUUUUCAAUUGGGUCAGAGUUCGAAUUCGAACGUCUUUUUGUCGCCGGGGAAAAAAAAUAAAAAAAAAAUUGUGUAUUUGGAAAAAGGUGGCAAAACGUAUUGUCAAAUGUGCAAGAAAAAAUGUUCUGGAGAAGUGUUAAAAGUUCAAGACAAAUAUUUUCACAUAAGUUGUUUUAAAUGCAAAGCUUGUAAAAAUUCUCUCGCACAAGGUGGAUUCUUUUGCAAAGACGGCGAUUAUUAUUGCACGACCGAUUAUCAGAGACAAUUUGGAACGAAAUGUUCACACUGCGGAGAAUACGUCGAGGGAGAAGUGGUCACGGCUCUGGGAAACACUUACCAUCAGAAAUGUUUUACUUGCGGACGUUGCAGGCAAGUUUUUCCAUCGGGAGAUAGAGUCACAUACACUGGAAAAGAAAUAUUGUGUCAAAAAUGUGUUCAAAUUCCGGUUCGAGAUAUUAAAUUUCUUGCUAAAAGUCCGACAGGUCCAUGCGAAUGCGCCGGAUGUGGAGAAGAAUUAAAAGAUGGACAAGCUCUCAUCGCUCUGGAACGUCAGUGGCAUAUAUGGUGCUUUAAAUGUAAAGAUUGUGACGCCGUUCUCCACGGAGAAUAUAUGGGAAAAGAAGGAGUGCCAUAUUGUGAAAAAGACUACCAAAAGCAAUUCGGAGUGAAAUGCGCUUACUGUUUACGUUUCAUAAGCGGAAAAGUUUUACAAGCCGGAGACAACCAUCAUUUUCAUCCGACGUGUGCGAGAUGUAGCAAAUGCGGGGAUCCGUUCGGAGACGGUGAAGAAAUGUAUCUUCAAGGCGGAGCAAUAUGGCAUCCACGUUGCGGUCCGGGUCCGACCGAAAACGGAACAAUAAUAAAUGGUUCGACCAUGUUGGAAAAUGGUCACUGCACUGACACGGAUGGUGAAAUGAGCGCUCGCGACGGUCGAGAUUACGACAGGAUGAGCAGUUCGGCCUAUGCUUACAAUCGCGCGGGCUCACCUGGAAUCAUUCUUCGCGAGUACAAAUCAAGCCAACAGUUUCCAGAGGAUAUCAGUAGAAUAUAUACCUACAGUUACUUGACGGAAGAACCGAGUCAGGGAUAUUUGAAACGACCGAUCGAUCCGUACGAUAAACCUCCGACCAGUCCGCAUUUUCAUCGGCCUUCUUCAUCUCAUUCGCAACGCAGUGGGAAAAUUCUCGUCAAAACGGGAUCGAGGUCGGGCAUGAGAGUCAUGGCCGAAAGCAUUCGUAGCGAAACUCCCAGACCUAAAUCUCCUCACAUGAAUAACGAAGAACCGAUCGAACUGGCUCAUUUUCCCGAUGCCAAAAAGCCUAAACCUGGAGAAAAAUCGAAAAUCGAACGGGAUGAUUUUCCCGCUCCGCCGUAUCCGUACACGGAUCCCGAGCGUCGUAAGAGAUGGUCAGACUCACAUAAGGGUGCUUCAGAUGAGGAAGAAGAUGAAACUGAUGCCAAAGAUAAGGAGUCGGAAGACGAUAAGUUGAAAAAAGAAGAAGAAGAAUUGAGUAAAAUAGCAACAGGUAUCGGAAAAGUAUUUUUACAAAACGUGAAAGAAAGAGAAAAACUCCGUCAAUACAAGCUACAGCAUUUAGAUCCGAGAAACGCUUCGAGAGUUCCAUCGGCAAACAAAGAACCUGCCUACAGGCUAAGAUAUCAAAGUCCAGUGAAUGCAUCACCUUCGAGAAACAUGGACCAUCCUCGUCCUUGGGAAGAGGAUGAUUACAUGGAUCGAAGUUCGAGUUAUCGUUCUUCGGUUGGACGUUCCGUCGGAGCCAUCCCUAGUUACAACGUUGUUAGCGCAUUGCGACACGUUCCCAAACCGGGUUAUGGGUUGGCUCCGAGAUCGCACACCUUCAGUUCGACUGGAGGUUCCGGUGAUUUUUCAUACAGCGGAUUCGGUGAGAAAACACACAGCACGGAAUUCAGCAGUGGAAAAUCGGAUAUUUCCGGUGGUUCGAUAUCGGAAGUCGAUCGAAGAGCUUUGAAUCCGGACAUGCCGAUGUCGACGACUUUUCAAGGGGGUUUGAGAUACGCGUCGUACAGUCCUCAUUUGAGACGAUCGCUUCCGACGUUGUCGCACAUGAGCAACGAACCACCCAAGAUAUAUCCCUACCAUUUAUUAGUUAUAACCAAUUACAGGUUGCCCGCGGACGUGGAUAGAUGUAAUUUAGAGAGACAUCUUUCGGAUGCCGAAUUCGAGCAGAAAUUUCAAUGCAGUCGAGCUGAAUUUUAUAGAAUGCCGCAGUGGCGAAGGAACGACAUGAAACGACGCUUGAAAUUAUUUUAA